CUUUCGCGCUUCAUCCUCUUCUCGUCGACGUGUGCUCAGCAGUGCAGGAUCUCCUUUGACGCCUUCUUUCUUUCGACGCUUUCCUCGCGCAACGCGAAGCAGAGACACAGCACCAUGACUGACCAGACACCCGCUACUCCGCUCAUCAAUUCCGACAUGAUGUCGAGCCACACGGGCCAGACAGUGCGCGUCGUAGGAAAACUUCAGAAGGUCUCGGGCAGGGACUUUGUGCUCCAGACGUCGGACUCAGGCCACGUCGAGGUGCGCAUGAGCCAGGACACCAACCUCAGCGGCUCGGGCUACGUAGAGGUGAUUGGGAGGGUGUCUGCUGAUGGCGAGUACAUCACCGAAUUUACCUGCAUCGACUUGGGCAACAACUUGGAUCUCGACAUGGUCCAGAAGCUCGUCGAGAUCCAGCAAAAGGUGCCCGAGAUCUUUGGCUAGGCUCGCGCGCAUACAAGAGGCGGUCCCAACACCUGUACCAUAGUCGGCAACUGCGAUGUACACACGCACACAGUCACAG